AUGGCCCUGUUGACAGUUGUCCUCUUGUGCUUCCUUCGUCUUAGCUUGGCACAUCGUGCUGCUGCCCAGCCAACCUUGGAAGCCAAGGCUACUCUGAAAAGUCUUCUAAAUCGCACGUCGGAGGCGUGGCAUCGAGAGGACGUGCUCCGGAAGCUUGCCGCCUGGUACCAGAAACAGGGAGGCGAGUGUGACAAGUGGGAUGCGCACCGGACGGAAGAUGGCCGUUGCAAGUGCAACCCACAAAGGGGGAGAUUUUGGACCAUGGGCACUGGUUUUACUUCCUAUGCAUGCCUAAAUGGUGAAAGUCUUGGUUCCUUUGUCCCAAGUGAGCUCUGUGAUGAGCAGGCGGCUUGGGCUGGCGACUGCACACUGUGGCUUCCUGCAUGCAGGUGCGAAAGCAACAGUAACAAUAACAAGAUACCACCCGAGGUUGAUCUCAAGAGUCCAGCAGUGGAGUUUUGCUCGAACCUUUUCGCAAGCAUGCAAAAGGACAUGGGGGUUGAAACCUUCACCCUGUGGGCAGAUUUCAAAGAACUGUUGUUUCCUGACAGAAGAGAGGAGGCCUUUCGAAAGAGGGAUGACAUGAAGAAGAGGCUCCAGCAGCUGCUAGAAACUAACACAACGCAGGCCUACUGCAAGGCAGCUUUGCGAGGAGACUGGUCACCGCAGCAGACAGCGAAGGCCGUGGAGAGCGGCGCAGCUCCAGUGCCCCCAGGAAUCGGCCAGCGCUUGCAAGAGCUCUCCAAAGCCUCCCAGCAAGCCUUUGAUUCUCUGCAACAUGUCUGUGAAGAUGAGUGCGAAGGCAUUGUGAAGAGUGUCUCCGAGCAGGUUGAGAAAAUCGAGAAGAUUCACUUUCAAAAUGGAGCUCCUUAUACCAUCCUUUGCGCUGAGUUGGCAGUCAAAAAAGCGGAAGCACACGUGAUGGGUUGCUGUGGCAGAGCGUGCGGAUGGAAUGGACGUGCGUGCCUGCGCUGGCCUUUCCUGGCGCAGGGCGACCGAGUUACCUGGCAAGAGCAGUGCUGUGCUGAGAAGAAUAUCCUUGUUGGUAGCCAGAGAGAGCUGAUGUGCAACAGCGUCCUGGGGGCUGCAGCCCGCAAGCAGCUGUCCGAAGCACAUGUCGACCUCCCACUUGCAGCAAACGAGAUGGGGCUUCCCAUGACGGUUGGUCAAGACGAGAAGUUGUUUUGGACAGGGGAGGGAGCUAAGUCAGAGCUUGGGAAGCUCGGCUGGGCCAAAGAGCACGGCCAGGUAUAUGACAGCUUCUUGAGCUGGCAGCCCCUGUCAGUGAUUGAGGGCAUACUUCUCGGUUACUGGAUGCCGAAGAAAAUUCUGGGUGCCCAGUCGUUGGCGCAGGUGGAUGGACCUAGUACUUGCGUGAAGGAUGAAACUUGCUCACCCGAUCUUAAAGAGAUCCAAGAACAUGGAUGUGCAAUAAGCAAAAACUGGCGCCAAAUCGAUCAAGGUAUGUACAAUUCGUAUUCGAAGAAGCCAAAUUGUGGCGCCGUACUGCAAGAGAGUUUGGGCAGUGUGAUGGCUUGCUCCAAUAUCAGGGACACGUUUUCUUUCGCCACGCUGAAAUGGCCAAGCAACGCUGCAGGGCCUCAGCAGUGCACACAGUGGAACGCGAAGUGCUGGAAGGACUUGGACGAAGAGGCAGAGGAACUGGAUGAUGUCAGCGAAGAUCUGCACAACAACAAAAAGUCACAGGAGCAAGUUGCCGAGCAGAUACGCCAGGACAUUGUUUACAUAUACCGGCCAGGCGAAGAAGCUUAG